AUGCGUCGCGCGCUGGGGUUGCCGCGCCAGGGCCGGGAGAUGAGGAGCUGCAACCCCGCCCUCGCCACGGUGGAGGACGCAGCGACGGACUACGAAUUUGUCAUCAGGCAGCUGGUCAAGAUCCGCACUAUAGGAGUCUCAGAGAGCACCGACUGCCCCAAGUUUGAUCUCAUCCUCCUCAGCAUGGCCUCCGACGGACAUGUGGCCUCAUUGUUCCCUAACCACCAAGCCCUCGAGCUGAAAGACGACUGGGUCACCUACAUCACGGACUCCCCGCAGCCUCCACCCGAGAGAAUCACCUUCACCCUCCCUGUAACAAACUCGGCAUCAAACAUAGCGAUCCUAGCGACGGGCGUCGGCAAGGCAAACGCCGUGCAUUUGGCCGUGUCUGACAGCAGCGACGGUCCAGACGCCCCCGUGUCCCUGCGUGCCACGAUGGUCCAGCCAACGCACGGGAAGCCGGUGUGGUUUCUGGACAAGGCAGCAACCUCAUCACUCGAGGCGCUGUCUGACGGUGCUUACGAGCAGCAGCAUCGUGCGUACUAA